CACAUCUUUUCUCUUUGGACUGUCUAUGCUCUUCCUAGUAGAAUUUUAAAGAGUCGCCAAAAAAGCUUAGCCUCUUUGAACGACGUUUUUGUCGAUCAUUCUUUCCUUUCGCGCGCUUCGGCGGCUACAUCCCGUAAAUCCGCUGAAUUACCGAUUUACUAAAAUUCGGAAUUAAGAGAAAGUGGUGUAGGAAAAGGAUUGAAGUUUGUUGGAUUUAAAGUUCUCAUUUUUGUCGUUUGGCAGGAUUUAGGCUAAAUCCUGCAACCAAACAAACCCUAUCUCUUCAAAUUCUAGGGAAACAUGGAAGCAAGCUUGGCUCUUUCCUUCUCUUCUCCCAAUGCCCACCUCGUCUUCAAUAUCCUCAACUCUGCCCCUCCUUCACCUUCUAAUCGCAAACCCUUUUACUCUUUCUAUAGAAACUUUUGGCCCAAAUCGCCCAAAGCUCUCACCUUUUCUCCACCAACUAAGAAUUCUUUCAUUGUCUCUCCACCUUACGCUGUCGUCGAGGCCUUAGAGACAACUACGGAGUCAUGCAUUCUUCCAAAAAGAGCUUUUUCUAAGUUAGAUAACGGCGGGAAAUUUCAUAGCCCGAGAGCUGCUAGGGAACUCGCUUUGUUGAUUGCAUAUGCCGCUUGCUUAGAAGGGUCCGACCCUGUUUUUCUCUUAGACAAGAGGGUAAAUGCAAAAAAAGUGCCUGGUUAUGUCUUCGACAAGAAUUCUCUGCUGGAGUAUGAUCACAUGAGCUUUAGUGGGGAACCUGUUCAGGUGAAAAGUGAAGAAGAGGCAGAGGAGCUUAUGAAAAAGAAUGAAAAAGACUCAAAAAAUGAAGCAGAAGUUCUUUCAGCACCUCCAAAGCUUGUCUACAACAAGUUUGUUCUCAGAUUGGCCAGGGAUCUCUUGGGAGCUGUUGUGAAACAGUGGAAUGAGCAUGUCCUUGUCAUUGAUAAAAUCAUCCCUCAAAAUUGGAAGGAUGAAUCUACUGCAAGAAUCUUGGAACUUUCCAUUCUACAUCUUGCCAUGGCAGAGAUAACGGAAAUAGGGACAAAGCAUCAAAUUGUCAUUAAUGAGGCUGUUGAUCUGACAAAGAGAUUCUGUGAUGGAUCUGCUCCUCGAAUAAUAAACGGUUGCCUUCGGACAUUCAUCAAAGAUUAUAAUAGCAGAAUAGCUGCUGUAUAAUCCAUGUUGUUGUAAUGCACAAAGAGGAUAGCAAGCUCUCUUGUAGCCAUUGGAGCUAUUUAAGAGUUCUCUUAUUAUUUUCAUUUCAACCCUCCCUCAUGUAUUGUAUUGAACUGCACAAAUUACGCCUAUCAAAAAUCAUAUAUUGAUAUUCCUGGAAAAUGAAAAGAAGUAAUUAUCUAUUGAAUUAUAGAAGAAAAAAAACA